AGCAGCCACACCGCAAUGCCUCGCAUUAGGAAAAAGACUAGCAAGCGGGGGACGACCCACCAAAGGCAGAAAAUCAAGAAGAAGGUAGCCGAGAGCAGGCGCAAGUCCAAGAAGCAGAGCAAGAAGGACGUUACAUGGAAAACCAAAAAAGCCAAGGAUCCUGGUAUCCCGAACAACUUCCCAUACAAGGACCAGAUUCUUGCGGAGAUCGCAGAACAGAGGAGACAGGAAGCCGAAGCAAAACAAAAGAAAAAGGAGGAGAAAAAGGCCGCUAGAGCUGCAGCUUCAGCAGAGCAAGAUGACGAAGAAGAGGGCUCCGAGUCCGGCUUCGAUGCCGUGGGUACCACAACCAUCUCUGCCCAGGCGGCAAAGUCGAGGCCUUCUGUCCCAGUCGAAGUCUUGGAUGAAGAGGACGAGGUCCCCAUACUGAUGAACCGCGACCUCCCGAAUCUCAAGGCAGUGUUGGACAAGACCGACGUCCUCUUAGAAGUGUUGGAUGCGAGGGACCCCCUGCCCUUCCGGAGUGGACGGUUAGAGAAACUGGUGAAUGAGGGGAGUGGUAAGAAGAACUUCGUGAUAGUCCUCAAUAAAAUCGAUACCGUUCCACGGGAAACUGUCGCCUCUUGGGCAAACCAGCUUCGCACUGAGCAUCCGACUUUCCUCUUCCGCUCUGCAUCCGCUUUCCUUCCUGCAGAUUCGAGCGCGUCUGCUGCAGCGAAAGGCAAGGCGAAAGCUCCUGUAGAUGAUGGCAUGGGGACCGACGCCCUUCUCGAAUUCCUGGGCAAGUUGGCAAGUGGCCGGGACGGACAGAAGCCCCUGGUCGUCGCCGUAGUCGGUCUCGCGAACGCUGGUAAGAGCGCUCUGCUCAACACACUCGCCAAGCAAGCUGCAUUCCCCAUCUACAAGCUACCUUCAAUGUCCGCCACUCUACAGGGACCUACCACAACGUCAUACGCGCAAGAAAUCAGCCUACCUGUGGGAGACAAGCAGAUCCGCUUUAUCGAUACUCCCGGCCUUUCUUGGGAGUCCGGUAGUGCAGAAGACGAGGAUAGAAGGCUACGAGACAUUUUGCUACGGUCUAGAGGGCGGAUCGACAAGCUCAAAGAUCCAGAGCCUGCCGUGGAUUAUAUGGUCCGACAUGCUGAACACGAGGAUCUGAUGCUUCUGUACAACCUGCCGGCUUUCAUUCCAGGCGACACUAAGGGCUUCUUGGCCGGCGUUGCCCGGGUGAACGGGCUCGUAAAGAAGGGCGGUGUCAUAGAUCAUGCCUCAGCAGCGCGCGUUGUCCUCCGAGACUGGAUCACAGGCAAAAUUGCUCGCUACACCAGUCCUCCGCCCUCUUCCUCAGCAUCCGCAAGCGCGACUGAUGACCACGCUAAGGAUCAGGACGUUCUUGAGAAGCUAAAAACCAGGAAGGAAAUGAGGACUAGCCUUGGUCUGGUUAAGAUGGCUCCUGGGACCAUUGAAGACCGAAUGCCUGUCCUGGAGGAGAGCUGGAUUGGCGAGAGCGAGUCUGAUGAAGAGCAGGAAGAAGGAGGGGGGGUCGUAGACGGUGAGGAGGAUGAGCCUGACGAAGACGCCAGCGAGAGUGAAGGCGAGGAUGAGGACGAAGAUGAAGAUGUAUCGGAUGAUGAAGAGGUCUCCCCGGACGAGGUCCCUUCGCCUGCCCCUGGCAAGCGGAAACGGACUGCAAACGUCUCUACGAAGAAGACUCCGCCUUCUAAGAAGGUUGCCUUUGCGGCUCUCCCGAAGGAGUCCAAGCAGUCACGAAGUGCCGGCUCUAUGCAGGGGAAGAGCAAGUCGAGACCUCCUGUUAAGGGUAAGCUCAACUCCAAUAAAAGGCGACGAUGAGGGCUUGUCCGCAGACACUGGCAUGUGCAUCCUGGUUGUUAGUUGACCGUCAUGUUUUUAUUCGGGACAACGUGACAGUGCGAUAAAUCCAGGAUAUGGUUGCUGCUCAUCUGACUCUGAGCGAUCCAAAAUACAACAGUUACCUCCUUAAUCUACAAAACCCUAUAGCUAUACUUGAGGUUACAAUAUGUACCACUGCCCCACCAGCAGAUACCAUAAUGAGAGCGAGAAAAUCCGCUCAGAAUAAAUCAAGAGCAGGUACUUGACCGUUCUUAAGCAGCAAUUUUGACCACUGCCGUCCCACCAUCACGCAGUAAACUCCUGCUACUGAAUAGAUCUGGCGCAUUUUCGAAGGGCAGUACCUUCUUGUCUUCGUUGUUCGUCUCCUCGUAUGUGUCGACAUCGGUCGGGCCUGCCCAGGGCCGGAUGCCCAAGUCCUUCACCAUCCGGAGGACCGCGUUUAGGGUAUCUGAGAUGUCCUCCCCCUCCAUGUCGACGUCCGCCGAGACGCUGACCCACGCAUACCCAACCUCUUUCUUCUCCUUCCCCUUCUCCCUGAGGCUGUCCUUGCCCUUACUCUUGACGCUGCCCUUGAUGCUGGGGCUACCGUUCACCAAAGCAGCUGCAACCUUCUCCCCAGCUGGAACCUUUUUCACGCUGCCUCCACGACUGAGGCCCAUGCUCCGUAGACCCGCCCAGAAGUGAUCCUGAGCGGUUGGCACGACCCGCUCAAGAAGAUCGCCGACAGUGGUAGUGAACUGCGCAGCGGCGAGUCCCGAGCCUCCGCCCAUGAUAUUCUUACACGCGACCCAGACGUCUCUCCCACCGAUGGUGUCAAGAACCAUGUCGAACUCCUCCCCAUCUUCGGAGAGACGUUGGAUGGCCUCCAGGAUCUCCUCACGGUCUCUCCCAUCUCCCCUAGUAGCGGAUCCCCAGACGAUGUCAGAGGAACCCCAAGCGCGUAUCCGUUUCUCCACGAUCCUCAUCCGUUCCUCCACAUCUUCAUUCAAGUCCACCUCACCCUCACCGCCGUCGCGGAGGCCCAGGUCAAUGACACCGCCCGGCACGAAGACCGUCACAUCGACGCCCCGUUUGCUCAGCAUUUGCGUGACCAUUGCCCCCACGCCGUCGUGGCCUCUGAUAAUGAAUGCCCUCUUCCGCGCAAGGUUUCCUUCGCUCCCGAUAACGCGUCUCAGCUCGAUCACGCGCUCGAAUGUCCGCAAAACACGGUACGCAGGAACGCCGACGGCCGGCAGCAAGGCUAGCUCCUCCAGCGACAACAUAGUGGGCGCCGGCAUGCGACUGUUCGUAAGCGUCCGGGAGGAGGAUAACGACUGGGAACGAGCGUGGGACGACCGAGAACCGCCUGGAGAUUGAGAAUCCGAACGGGAGUGCUGGGACCUGUACGACGAUGACCGGGACAGGAUGGCAUUGCCAUCAGUCCCAGGAGGCGGAGGAGGGGGAACGCGGUGUAUUCGAUGCCGCUCAAGGAGCACGAAUUCGGACAGAGCGCCGCAUUUUCUGACGUCCAACAUCCCAACCACCCAUUCGUUCCGCCUGCACACUUCCUCCCUCACACUGCUGCCAACCUCGACUGCGCGUCCCACCAGACUCCUGCCAGGCACGUAGCCAACGGCCUUUCCUGCCUUCCCACCGGCGAUAUCAGACACGACCUCUCUAACGAGCCUCUCGUCUACCACAUCUAAUCCUGCUGCCCAAACCUGCACGAGGACAGAAUUAGCCGGUACGUACGACGGUGGGGAGAGAUGAGAAGUGAGCGCGAGCGGUGUCUCGGACUCCGAAACGUGCCUGUGCGCAAAGGCGCCCUCGUCCUUGCUAGUAUUCCUUUUGAAUAUGUUCCUCUUCUUGGACAAUGUACCUGCAACGCCCUUGACUACUUCGACAGUCGCCAUCGUAGUAGUUGCCAUUCCGCUCUGCGUCAGAUCGACUUUGCCGCCGCCGCCGCCAUAUUCCUUGUUUUUCUUCCUGAUCCCCAGGAGUGUCUUCUCCGGGGCGAGGCUCUGACCGGCGCGUGGC